CACAUUCUGGUGAUGAUGAGCUACGUUGUAGCUACAGCUGCCCUGGGGCGCACCGAUGGAGGUGAGGCCUAUCGAAAAAAUGGCGCCACUGGUCCCUCUGACCACCACCAGCAGGCAAGGCGGGUUUAGUGUCUUGCUCAAGGACACAACAAUUAACAGUCUAUAGUUCAAAACUGUUAUUACUGAUCAGAAAUAAAUGUUUAAAAAAAUAACAAUGAUUUCCAAAUCUCCUUAACAAAGAACAUCAGGUCUAAGUUGAGCAAGCUUGGUCACUGCUGAAGCAUCAUCCUCUGCUCGGACUCCUGUCCCUGAAGGUUACUCUGGUAAAAGUUCAAGUCCCGUUAGUCGUCACACACUGGUGAAAAGUUUUGUCCACAUUUGACCGAUCCCCUGGAGGAGUGGUGAGCUGCAGACAUGGUCACACUCAGGAACCAUUUGGUGGUUUAACCCUCCAGUGGAAGCCCUUUAUGCUGAGUGUCCUUGGUAUGGCUAGACCAUGGUUUUGAACCCACCAUCUCUCAGUCCCAGCACAGACACUCAUACCACUAGGCCAGUUUCAAAGCAUUAUGUGCUCUGACUGCACAACUAACAUUUUCCUUUUACACUCGUGGAGGAUUUUCAACCCUCCCACUGUCUUUAUGGGUGACCCCGAGAGGAAAGUUGAGGUGGUGCUCACUCCUCACCCCUGCCACGUGGACCUCCAGGGAUAAACCAUCAACCCUGCUCAAUGGUCAACUUUCCUCGCGAGGUCACCCAUAAAGACAGUGGGAGGGCUAGUGAUGUAAUGAUGCUGGUCAAACCAACACACCUAAACAAGAGCGAGGAACGGCUACCCAGAGCUUUAUUAGAUGAACUUUGAAUUUAAAUUGUAAAUUUUAAUUUCCUAUGUUCUGCUGACUAAACAUUUGACAUGAAGCACUGUUAAUAACUGGAUGAUGGUGUCUCAUGGUGGUUGGGAGAGAAAUGGAAGCAGGGCGUGAGGCGUCUCCCAGGCCAGCGCCGACGAAGUAGAUUAAAUCAAUCGGCUUAACUGUUCACAAGGUCUGGAAACAAGCUGCAUUAGCAACCACAAGGAGCUCUCCGGAAGAUGUGCUGUCAUUCAUUUUUAUGUAUUGAGAGUGAAUCUACAGGGCAGGUGUUCCGCUGAGGUAAGUCAUGCUGCUUUGUUGAAGAUUGUUACUUAGAGCCACUGUGUCUACGUACUUGUAGGAAGAUGGUAGCUGUAAAGUUGUAUAACAACGACACUUUUUAAAAGUUAUCCUUGAAUAAAUGUUACAGCAAAAGGGGAAAACGUGUUUUUGCUGACACGAACCACUAAUUAGGGUGGCAGCAUAUAUAUUUAAAGAGGAAGAUUCUGUAACAGCUCGGCUAUAGUGUCUUGAGCUCAUUAACCUCAUUACUGAGCUAUUGCUAGCUUUCACAUGGAGCUUUCACUCCGUAAAUGGGCACACAGAUCUGUAAUGAACACAGCUCUCUCCCAGUUACGAGUGAGUGAAACAAAAGAUGGCUUCCUCUGGCCCUGCAGAUGAUUAUGGUCUGGUUGAAUGCAGGUUUGUUGGUUGGAGCCAGCCUCAGUGGGGGUGAAGAAGAGGCAGCAUGAGGUCAGGAGGACAGGUCAGGCUCCUGCUGUGGAAGAACUGGACCAUCCGCAGGAGGCAGAGGGUGCGUUUCGUCAUGGAGAUCGUAUGGCCUGCUACUCUGUUCAUGGGACUGAUGUGGCUCAGAAGUGUGAACCCGCUCUAUCGUCAACACGAAUGCCACUUCCCUAACAAGGCCAUGCCCUCGGCUGGUGUCCUGCCGUGGAUACAGGGAAUCUUCUGCAAUGCCAACAAUCCUUGUUUUCAGUUCCCCACCCGCGGGGAAUCUCCUGGCCUGGUGUCCAACUACAACAAUUCCAUACUGGCACGGUUCUACUCGGAUGCCAAAGAGCUUCUUUUCAGUGACCCAGAGUUUCUGCAGGUCGGUCGCCUCUGGAGGGAACUGAACGCUAUGAGUCACUUUAUGGACACGCUGCGCAGUCAUCCUGAAAUGGUCUCGGGUCGAGGAGUGAAGGUGGAGACGAUCCUGAAGGACGAUGAGACCUUGACGUCAUUCCUGCUGAGAGACAUUCCUCUGACAGAGUCUGUGGUGUAUCAUUUAGUUAAUGCCCAGAUCAGGCCUGAACAGUUUGCUUUCGGUGUCCCAGACUUGCACCUGAAGGACAUUGCCUGCAGCCUCAACCUCCUAGAGCGAUUCCUCAUCUUCUCAAGCCUCAGAGGACUUUACGCCGUCCGCAACGCCAUGUGCAUCCUGACCCCACAGCGCCUGCAGAUAAUCGAGGACAAAUUCUACGCCAAUGUUGACUUUUUCAAACUUUUCCGACUGCUCCCUCGAGUUCUGGACAAUUACUCUGAUGGCAUCGACAUUCACUUCUGGGUCCGAGUUGUCUCUGCUGCUUCAGACAAACUACAAGAGUUAUUCCACAGGAGUAGCUCCAGGGAGCUCCUCCAGGUGAUAACUCCUCUCUUCCAGAGGAAUCUAUCCUUCAGGGAGAUGAUGGCUGCUGCCUCCAGCCUGAUCUGUGGCUACACAGAGGGAGCGUUCUCCCGGGUCACCUCCUUUAACUGGUAUGAGGACAAUAACUACAAAGCCUUUCUGGGUAUUGGCAGCGGUGGCGCUAGAGGCAUCUACAUGUACGACAACAGUACCACUCCUUUCUGUAAUGAUCUGAUGAAAGAAAUGGAGUCCAAUUCCGCCACCAGGAUCGUUUGGAACUCUGUCAAGCCGAUGCUGAUGGGACGAAUUCUCUACGCUCCAGACUCACUAGCCGCCCAGCAGAUCAUACGAAAUGCCAAUGUUACAUUUGAGGAGCUGGAGAGGCUGAGGACGAUGGGGAAGGCCUGGGAGGAAGUAGCCCCACAAAUCUGGGCUUUUUUCCAAGAUGGAGUCCAAGUCAAGAUGAUCCGGGACACUAUCCGCAAUCCAUCUGUGAUGGAUUUCAUUGACAGGAGUCUGGAAGAGGCGCCGUUCUCCUCCAAACACAUUCUCAACUUCCUGCACGGCGGCAUGCCGGAGGAGCGUCAGGACGACAUGCCUGAUUUUGACUGGCGAGACGUCUUCAGUCUCGCUGACCGGAUCAUUCGAAUGCUCAAUCAAUAUGGGCGUUGUUUGAUUCUUGAUAAAUUCAUAGCUCUCCCUGAUGAAGAUGCAGUUACUCAGCGAGCUUUGGACCUGUUGGAGGAAGGCAAGUUCUGGGCAGGCCUCGUCUUUGUGAACAUGCACUCUUGGAGCACCAGCGUCCCGCCUCAUGUUAAAUUUAAGAUCCGUAUGGACAUUGAUACAGUAGAGCGCACCAAUAAAGUCAAAGACAGGUACUGGGACCCAGGCCCCAGAGCAGAUCCUUUGGAUGACCUCCGCUACAUCUGGGGUGGUUUUGCUUAUCUUCAGGACAUCAUUGAACAUGGGAUCAUCAGCACUCAGACAGGAAAGGAGUGGCCUGUAGGUGUUUACCUGCAGCAGAUGCCCUAUCCCUGUUAUGUAGAUGAUCUCUUCAUGCUGAUGCUGAAUCGCUGUUUCCCCAUCUUCAUGGUCCUGGCCUGGGUCUACUCUGUGUCCAUGAUAGUGAAGAGCAUCGUUCUGGAGAAAGAGCUUCGUUUGAAGGAGACCUUGAAGACCACGGGGGUCACCAACAGCGUCCUAUGGUCCGCCUGGUUUAUCGACAGCUUUUUCAUGAUGGGCAUCAGCACAGCUCUUCUUACAGCCAUCAUCAUGGGAGGCAGGGUUCUGAACUACAGCAACCCUUUCAUCCUCUUCCUCUUCCUUCUCACCUUCACCAUGGCUACCAUCAUGCAGUGCUUCCUCCUCAGCGUCUUCUUCAAUCAGGCUAACCUGGCAGCAGCCUGCUGUGGCAUCAUUUACUUCACGCUCUACCUGCCACACAUCUUCUGCUUUGCCUGGCAGGAACACAUCACCAAAGACAUGAAGAUCAUGGUGAGUCUACUAUCCCAAGUGGCUUUUGGCUUUGGCGCAGAAUAUUUAUCACGAUAUGAGGAGCAGGGUAUGGGUCUGCAGUGGGACAACAUCCAGACUAGUCCCCUGAAGGGAGAUGAGUUCUCCUUCCUCACGUCGAUCUGCAUGAUGGGUCUGGACACGGUGCUCUAUGCUGUCCUGGCCUGGUACUUGGACAACCUCUUCCCAGGACAGUAUGGCAUUGGUCGUCCAUUCUACUUUCCCUUCCUGCCCUGCUAUUGGCUGAAUAGUAUUACUCCAACUGAAGGAAAUGCCAAGAUGAAUAAAAAUGGCUUUGAUAACCUGUCAAAAAAGGCGCAAGGAGAGCUGCCGAAAAAAGUCCAAGAGGAAAACACGGAGGAGGUCCACGACAAAACCGAGGAGGCGACCCCCUCGUGUGAACACCACGAGCGUGAGAUGCUCCAAAAGGAGAACCAGACUGAGCAAGAGGAACAGCAGAAGGACGAGCAGUUAUUCUUUGAGGCUGAGCCAGCUGAUCUGGUGAAGGGAGUUUGUGUCAAAAACCUGGUGAAAGUGUUUGGCAGUUCUUCCACACCGGCUGUAGAUAACCUCACCAUCAACUUCUAUGAGAGCCAGAUUACUGCCUUCCUGGGCCACAACGGAGCAGGAAAGACCACCACCAUGUCAAUUUUGACAGGAAUGUUUCCUCCCACCUCAGGGACAGCCACCAUUUAUGACAAAGACAUCCGCACGGACAUGGACAGCGUCCGCAUGUCUCUGGGAAUGUGUCCUCAGCACAACAUCCUUUUUCACCAUAUGACCGUGGCAGAGCAUAUUCUCUUCUACUCGCUGCUGAAAGGCAGUCCAAUAGCUGAGGCUGAGGAGGAGGUAGAGAACAUGCUGCAGGAUCUGGGCCUGCCCCACAAGAGGGCUGAGCUGAUCCAGAAUCUUUCAGGGGGCAUGCAGAGAAAGUUAUCAGUUGCUCUGGCUUUUGUUGGUGGUGCCAAAGUAGUGAUCCUUGAUGAGCCGACCUCUGGAGUGGACCCUUACUCCAGACGCUCCAUUUGGGACCUACUGCUCAAAUACCGUGCAGGACGCACAGUGAUCAUGUCCACACACCACAUGGAUGAGGCUGACCUGCUGAGUGACCGGGUCGCCAUCAUCUCCCAGGGUCGCCUUUACUGCUGUGGGUCUCCCAUCUUCCUGAAGAACUGUUUUGGAGCUGGAAUCUAUCUCACUCUUGUCCGCCGAAUGAAACACGACACACUGAAGGCCAGCUGUGAUUGCACACAGGAUUGCUCCUGCAAAUGUUCAAAGUGUUCUAAAGUCAAAACCACCAAAGAAGAAAAUCCAGCCUCAGAUAGACAACUGGACGGUAAUGUGGAAAGCAUCACAGCCUUGGUCCGUCAUCAUGUGCCACAGGCUCGUCUCGUCAAGGCCAUUGGACAGGAGCUCACAUUUCUGCUGCCGAACCAAAACUUCCAGCCCAGAGCCUACGCCGGCCUCUUCAGGGAACUGGAGGAAACCCUGGUGGACAUCGGCCUCAGCAGCUUCGGUGUGUCAGACACUUCACUGGAGGAGAUUUUUCUGAAGGUCACCGCAGAUGGGACCGCAGCCAACAUCAAAUGUGCCCAAGAGAAGAAAACGUUGCAACAGAUUUCUCCAGCCAGUCUCUGUGGAUUCAACAGAGGGGCUGUUGAUGUGGACGCACAGAAAGAGUCUAAUGGUCCAGGCGAUAUCCCAGAAGGCAGUGCAGGACGAGGAUCCUACCAGGUCCGAGGCUUGUGUCUGAUCACCCAACAGUUUUUUGCUCUGCUGAUUAAGAGAUGGCAUCACGCCACACGCUCCUUCAAAGACUUCAUUGCUCAGGUUCUGCUUCCAGCCAGCUUUGUCUUCCUGGUGCUGAUGUUUACUCUGAUAGUUCCACCGUUUGGAGAGUAUCCCAGUCUGACCCUCAGUCCAUGGAUGUAUGGACGACAGUACACCUUCUUCAGCAAUGAGCGCCCCACAGAUCCUGACAUGAGACACUUGGGUGAGGUUUUGCUGGACAAACCUGGUUUUGGGACUCGCUGCAUGGUGGACGAACCUCUAGAGGAUUUUCCUUGUAAUAACAUCACUACAGAGUGGGAGAUGCCUUUGGUCAACCCUGCACUCAUAGAGAUGCUAGAGAACCCAAAGUGGACUCCUCUCAAACUGUCUCCAGAGUGUCAGUGCAGCACACCCAAAAAACUCACCAUGCUCCCUGUGUGUCCCGAGGGGGCUGGAGGCCUGCCACCUCCACAGAGGAUCCAGUCAACAGGAGAUGUUCUAAUGGACCUGACUGGUAGGAACAUCUCUGACUAUCUGGUAAAGACCUACCCCAGCCUCAUCAGAACCAGCUUGAAAAGUAAAUAUUGGGUGAAUGAACAAAGGUAUGGAGGUGUAUCAGUGGGUGGAAAGCUCCCAGUUUUAAGUCUGCAGCCAAAAACCAUUCAGGAGGUAGCUGCUCAGGUGGGACGACUUCUGAAUGUUACUGGGGGCAAAUAUUCUAAACAAACCCUUCUGGACAUCGGGACAUUUCUCAGAUACAUGGAGACACAAGACAAUGUGAAGGUGUGGUACAACAAUAAGGGCUGGCAUGCCAUGGUGGCCUUUAUGAAUGUGGCCAACAAUGCCAUUCUCCGUGCACAUUUGCCCAGAGGAGCUCAUUUGGAUGAAUAUGGAAUCACUACUAUCAACCAUCCUCUGAAUCUCACGAAGGAGCAGUUGUCUGAGAUCACCGUUCUGACCACCUCAGUGGAUGCGGUGGUGGCCAUUUGUGUCAUUUUCGCCAUGUCCUUCGUCCCAGCUAGCUUUGUCCUCUAUCUCAUCCAGGAGAGGGUCACUCAGGCCAAACACCUGCAGUUUGUCAGUGGAGUCAGUCCAUUGAUGUACUGGAUGUCCAACUUCCUGUGGGACAUGGUGAAUUACUCCAUCAGCGCAGCGAUGGUGGUGAGAAUCUUUCUGUUUUUUGAUAAGAAAUGUUACACCUCCUCCACCAACCUACGGCCUCUUAUCACCUUGCUUAUGCUUUAUGGCUGGUCCGUGACACCCAUGAUGUACCCGAUGUCCUACAUCUUCAGUGUCCCCAGCACAGCUUACGUCUCUCUGUCGUGUAUCAAUCUCUUUAUCGGCAUCAACAGCAGUGCCAUCACCUUCAUCCUGGACCUCUUUGAGAGCACUACAGCUCUGUACAGAUUUAACCAGAUGUUAAAGACGGCUCUACUCGUCUUUCCCCAUUACUGCCUGGGCCGAGGUCUGAUAGACUUGGCCAUCAGCCAGACUGUGACCGAUGUUCACGCUCGCUUUGGUGAGGAUUACAGUCCAGACCCCUUUAACUGGGACUUCAUUGGGAAGAACCUGUUCUGUAUGGCUGUUGAGGGAUUCGUCUAUUUCAUCCUCAACAUUUUUUUUCAGUAUCACUUCUUCCUGGAUCGGCGGAAUCCAGACAGCCCGAAGCCUUACAUCUUGGAGGAAGACAAAGAUGUGUCCGAGGAAAGGGAGCGAAUCCACAAGAGUGGAAAAACAAAUGACAUUUUAUGCAUAAAAGACCUAUCCAAGACGUACAGAGGGACGAAAGUCCCAGCUGUGAACCAGAUCUGUGUUGGAGUAUCAUCUGGAGAGUGCUUUGGCCUCCUGGGAGUAAAUGGAGCAGGGAAGACAACAACGUUCAAGAUGCUGACUGGAGACAUAGAUGUGACUUCAGGAGAGGCCACAGUCUCUGGUUACAGCAUCCUGACCAACAUCUUGAAUGUCCAUCAGAACAUGGGUUACUGCCCGCAGUUUGACGCCAUCGAUGAGCUGCUUACAGGCAGAGAACAUCUACACCUCUACGCCCGCCUCCGCGGGGUUCCAGAGUCCGAGAUCCGAAGGGUGGCAGAUUGGGCGAUCCAGAAACUGGGUCUGUUGGAAUAUGCAGGCUGUAGCGCCGGGACCUACAGUGGAGGCAACAGGAGGAAACUCUCCACUGCCAUUUCCAUGAUUGGUUGUCCUGCUCUGGUGCUGCUGGAUGAGCCUACCACAGGUAUGGACCCGCUCUCCAGACGCUUUCUAUGGAAGUCCAUCAUGAGUGUUAUUCAGGACCAGCGGGCUGUGGUCCUCACUUCACACAGUAUGGAGGAAUGUGAGGCUCUUUGUACCCGCUUAGCCAUCAUGGUCAAUGGAUCCUUCAAGUGUCUGGGAACCAUUCAGCAUCUCAAAUACAAAUUUGGAGACGGCUACGUGGUAACCAUGAAGAUCAGGGCGGCUAAGCCUGGUUCCCCCCCAGACCUGAACCCUGCUGAAGCCUUCAUGGAGAGCACUUUCCCAGGCUGCAUCCAGAGAGAGAAACACUACAACACUCUGCAGUACAAGAUUUCCUCCUCCUCUCUAGCAAGGAUUUUUCAAAUGGUCCUGGCUAACAGGGUCAAACUGAACAUAGAGGACUACUCCGUGUCACAGACCACGCUCGAUCAGGUGUUUGUGAAUUUUGCCAAGCAGCAGCACCGAGAGGAUGAUACUAUUGUUCUUCAUCCAAAAGCUGCAGGAGCCCAGCUUUACGUUGAUGCUGCACCAAUCAAGUCUCGCAGGAAGUGACCUCAGCAAACCGAACUUUAGGUUACUGUCGUAACCCCGGUUCUCUGAGUGGCAUGAGUGAGUGUCUCACUAUAGGAACGCUUAGGCGUGACCUCAUCAGAAGCUCUUAUUCCACACCGCCAGCCCUGAUUGGCUGGAACAAAUCUGUCAGCGUAUAGGAGGCGGGAACUCCACCUAUAUAUUAGGCCGGCUCCUCACUGACAGUAUUCUAAAAUGACCAUCUCUCCCUCGCUACGAAAUAGCAAGGAGGGCGGUAUGGUGAGACACUCACUCAUGCUACUCAGAGAACCGGGGUUACGAAGUAACCUAAAGUUCUCUUUCAUAGCAUUUGUUUCGUGUCUCACCAUGGGAAAAUACUGACUCCCAGAUAGCAAGGCAGAACAUGAUCCACAGACUCUACUCCCAAAUAUCAUAUCAUGUGCACAGCUCAGAUAGUGGGAGCCAUACCCAGCACAGAGUGAGACAGUGACUGUGUUGUGACAUCUAGCUUGUAGAAGAAGAAGAAGAAAGCAGGGGCAGAUUAAGGAAUGAAGAACAUCCGGGGCUUAACACACGCACACACACGCGUGCACACACACACGUGACACACACUAGUCAACAUCAUAUUUGUCUCGUACCACAUAAUUUUUAAUCUGAAGCUACAUAUUAAGCAUUUUCAGGGCAGAGUAUUGUUCCUGUUAGUGUUUAGUGUGAGAUGAUAGUACAUAUUCCCUUUCUUUCUCCUUUACUUUAGGCAAACCAGCAGCACAACAAAUAUUUUCAAAUAAGACUCACAAACCUGAGUCAACACCAGUCUCAUCAAAGCUGGGGUUCUGCCACCGUACUUUUGGUCUAAAAAACGUCCUUAUGUCCAUCUUCACUCAUGCGUUUCAGGCAGAGACUGUAGAAUAAGCCGGUGUCGGUACAAGAUCUGCUCGGGUGCAAAAGGCUCGGGGUCCGUCGACUGCCGAUGACGUCUAAGUAGUUGAUUGGCUGAACAUGAACCUUACGGAAUUACGUAAUCAUGUUAUGUUGUUAUCACGUUACAUUGGUCCAGGCAAAUCUGUCUAUUCUUUUACAAAGAAAUCAUCAUUACCUCUUUGAAAAUACACUUUUAGCAUAGAGCUGCAUGUAUAUUAGGGCUGAACGAUUAACUGCAUGUGCAAUUAAAUUGCGAUGUGACAAAAGGAGUUUUUCUAAUCGCAAAGGCUGCAAUUUGGCAGCGAGUGGUUAGCGCAAUGCUAAUAUACAUGGAAAAACCCAUAGGAAUGCUAAUGCUAAAAUCGCCGAUUACAUUAUUACAAAUUAUGAAUUAGAAACGUGCCAAAUGAUUACAUUUGGAGUCUAAUAGAAAGUAAAACUACCAUCAAUCAAAUAAGUACAGACAGGUAUUUUAGUAAAGCCAGAAAACUUUUAACUCCAGAGUUUUGGCUAGCAGCUAUGAGCGUAACUGAACUACGCAUGGACAAGACGUCAAAAACUCUAAACACAAAAUACUUCAAUAAACGGGACACACUUCUUUCCUGCAAAUACAAUUUCACAGGUGUUGCUAAUACCUAUGAUUCUUCAAGGGAUGUGCUCAAAGAGGAGUUCAACAUUAUGAAUAAAAUAUAGUGUUUUAUUUUACAAAUACCAUUAUAAACACAAACUUAUGUCUUAAGAAACAUUAUUUUAAUAACGAAACUGCUAAAUUCUUUCCAACAGUAUAGAUGUGUAGUGUAUUUUGUCUGAGUGGGUUUGCCGUACUUAGACGUCAUCGGCAGUCGAAGGACCCCGAGCCGAUCUUGCACCCGAGCAGAUCUUGUACCGACACCGGCUGUUGAAGGGCUUCUUCUUCAGUGGUGGAGGCUCAGGCAGGCUGAAUACAAACUACUGCCAGCUGCUCCCUCUCUGUUGGACUUUGGUACUGCAUGUUACUUCCGCGAUUUAGAUCCGGGGCUUUCUAUGAAACAUCCGGGGCUUCAGCCCAAGUAGCCGGGCCUUACACCGCCCCUGGAAGAAAGUAUGAUUUCUAUAGCGCCUCUCAAGAUAAAAAUCACGAGGCGCUUCACAAAAGCAAAAAAUGUAAAAAUAUAAAAAAAACAUUUAGAAUUUGUUUAAAAAUACAUUUAAAAUGAGCAAAUAAUAGACGAUUGUGAUUAAAAAUGUAAAGAAAGAGAGAGAGUGAAUAGGAAAGAGAGAAAUCAGUGGAUGCUGAGGAUGGUGGAAUAGGUGGGGAGAGCAGAAUAAAGAGAGAGUGGUGAAGAAGGUCAUACAAAAGCCAGCUUGAACAAGUGAGUUUUCAGCUGCUUUUUAAAGGAGACCACUGAGUCCACUGAUCUCAGGCUCAGGGGGAGAGAGGUCCAGAGUCUGGGGGCCACAGCAGCAACCGAGUGAAUGUGUGAGGGGAGGUCCAACUCGCCGCAGCACAUAUUUCCUGAAUGGACACUCCCUUAAAUAGGGCCCAUGUGGAAGAAAGUCCUUUAGUAGAAUGGGUACGAAGGCCCUCAGGAGCAGUGUUGGGAGUAAUGCGGUACAAAAGUAAUUAAUUACUGUAAUGCAUUGCUUUUUGUUGUAAUGUGGUAAUGUAAGGCAUUACAGGGAAAAAAAUGGUAAUAUUUACUCGGUACAAUUGUCAGUAACGCAGUAAUUACAAUGCAUUUUAAACCCAGAAUCAAGAUACGUUUCUUAAAAAUUCAAAUUGCGGGAAACCCGAAAAAAGAUCCAAUAUCUGCAUCUAUUACGUCAUUUAUGGACUCCGCUUUGCGGGCAGAGGACGUAGCGGUACCGGCUCAAACACUCCAGCUGCAUCCUGCGCGCGGCCACUGCAACAUUCACAAAAUCGCUCCACUAAAACAAAAUAAUUCACCUGCGAUCGUUCAUAUCAGCGCAUGUUCUCUGGUAUUCUGUACUUUUCUGACGUGCUUUGCCUCAUCUGAGUUAAUCUGGGCCCCGGUGAUUUUAACUCAUUACUGCUGGAGCGCCGCGCAAGUGAAGAUACCUUUGGCUGAUAGUUAGAAAGUAGGAAGUCUAGGAAACCGUUUUUUCUGGAAGACGGAGAAAACAUGCAGUAUGCAGGGAGGUUAGAGAGAGAAAGUGCAGGAAAUAUUUCAAAUAAAAUCAAGAAAACAAAACAAAGUGCUUGAAAAGAAAAAAGUAGGUAGAUUUAUCCCCAAUACCCAUUUUUACCAGUGAAAAGCAAUAAUAUAUAAGCAUUUAAUAUUUAUACGUGUGAUAGAAUCAGAUCACCCCAGAAGCCAGUCCCACAUCCAGGGCCGUAUCAAGGCAUUUGGGGACCAAGGCAAAUAUAGGCUUGGAGCCCCCACCACCUUACUCUCUGCUCAGUUAAUCUAAGAUGGCAGCGUGCUGAGAGUACAGAUUGUUGUUUCAUUUAUGUUAUAAACAAUCCUUCUAAAGAACUGUUUUAACAGCAGUCCUAGCUCAGACACCACAUCACCUUCCACCGGAUGUGUCAUGAGUUCACCAGGCAUCAGAUUACCAAACUCAUACUGUGUCAUGACAUACUGAAGUUGUUUUGUUGAAAGUAACUUAGAGUAAUGCAAAAGUAGUGUAAUGCCUUACAUUUUAAAAUCAGUAAUAUUGUAAUGUAAUGAAUUACUUUAAAAUGAGGGUAACAAGUAAUAAAUAUGUAUUACAGUUUUGAAGUAACUUGCCCAACACUGCUCAGGAGGUAGAGCCCUUUUGGAGUUGUAGGCUAAGGAAAUGGCUCCUACAAUCCAGUGGGAAAGUCCCUGCUUUGAUAUGUGCUUCCCCAACCAAUUUUUGGCCCAGGACACAAAAAGCUGGUUUCUCUUUCGCAUAGUCUCUGUCCUGUCCAUGUAAAUAUGUAAUGCACGCACCGGACAAAGUGCAUGGAGAUUCUGCUGCUCUACUGAGGAGAAGGGAGGAGGGCAGAAGGAAACCAAAGAAAAAGGGGAAAAAGCCCCCAGCACCUUUGGCAUUAAGGUGGGAUUAGGG